AUGUUGAUUAAAGAGAAGAUAGCUCAGGAUACAAAGUAUGCCGUGACCAGUGAUGUGGCUGAAGAGGAUCCUGAAACCACAAAUAUAAUUAUUCAGCGUGUUCUACAUGAAAAGCUGCAAGAUGCUGUAGGAUCCCCUAACUUAAAUCUUGAGUUAUUUGUACUUAAAAAAAUCAACAAGACAGAAACAGACGACUUUCUGAGCAAUUGCUGUGGGACACGAAGGAACAAAACUGCAAAAUAUAGGGUCAUGGUUGUUGGUGGGACAGAGGCACAAGAGGAUGAAUGGCCGUGGCAGGCUAGCCUGCGAUGGGAUGGGAGACAUCGCUGUGGAGCGACUUUAAUUAAUGGCACAUGGCUUGUGAGUGCUGCCCACUGCUUUAGAAGGUAUAAGGACCCAGCCAGAUGGACUGCUUCCUUUGGAGUAACAUUAAUGCCUCCGAAAAUAGAACGGGGCCUCCGGAGGAUAAUUGUCCAUGAAAAUUACAAAUACCCGUCGCACGACUAUGAUAUUUCGGUUGCAGAGCUUUCUAGCCCCGUUCCUUACACAAAUGCAGUACACAGAAUUUGUCUCCCUGAUGCAUCCUAUGAAUUCCACCCCGAUAAUGUGAUGUUCGUGACAGGAUUUGGAGCACUGCGAAAUGAAAAUAUCAGUCAAAAUUGUCUUCAGCAAGUACAAGUGGAUUUCAUCGACACUGAAACCUGUAACCAACCACAAAUUUACAAUAAUACCAUAACUCCUAGAAUGUUAUGUGCUGGCUCCUUGAAGGGAAAUAGAGAUGCAUGCCUCGGUGAUUCCGGAGGACCACUGGUUACUCCAGAUGCUAGAGAUACCUGGUACCUUGCUGGAAUAGUGAGCUGGGGCGAUGGUUGCGGGGCACCCAAUAAGCCCAGCGUUUAUACUAGAGUGACUGCUUUCCGGGGCUGGAUCGCUUCCAAAACCGGUGUCUAG